CAUUCGAAAAAAUAAAAAGUUUUAGUGGUUUUUAAAACUUUUUAGAUAUUUUUCAAGUAUAGUCUUAUGAAAGAGAGUAAAAUUGCACACAGAAAAAGUAUAAUAGUUAAGAAAAAAUUACAAAAAAAAAAUGUAAAAAACUUUGAUAUAAAAGAAAUAAAAAAAAAGGAUAUAUUCAAAUCCCUACUCAGUAAGUUGGUAAAAGAAGAGAAAUAGAAAAAUGUCUUGUAAGAUGAAACAAGUAGAAAUAUUCUCCAUGAGAUCAGACGUCACCCUUCACCCCUACUGAUAUAUGAAAUAAAAAAAAUAAAAAACAAUUCUUCAAAUGUGUUAAAUACGCAAGCGCAUAUCUAGAUUUAAAAAUAAUGUUAAAAAAAAAAAAAAAGAGGUAAAAAAGCGAGUGUAUGUGUGGAGGUGUAUUGAGAUAUUUUUUACCUCUUUUUUUAACAAAAUAAUUUAGCAUUCUGUCUUUUUAAAAAUUGAGAGAACAUAGUACAAGAGAGAAAAAUCAUCCCCUUUUACAAAAGGGGUUGAAAUAUCAAAGGGAGGGGCUCAACUUGAAAAUGGCUUCCUACAAAUUGAGGUACAGUACGUCCAAAUGAGGACGAUUGAGUAAAACCAUUACAAAAAUUACUCUCUCAUAUACACCAAAAUAUCAAAUAAACAAAUUAAAUAAUUAAUUAAAUUACAAAAAUUCAUCAGCUAAAUUAACUAAUUAAUAAAUUAAUAUUUUUUUUUUUAGUUUUUAAUUGAAAAAAUAAGUAAAUAAUAAUUUAAAUAUUUAUAAUAAAUUAUUGGUGUUUUUUGAGUUUAAUUUUUUUUUCUUUUUUGUUUGUUAUUUUAUGUUUUUUUAUAAAUAAAUAAUACAACAAUUGUAACACAAUCGAUAGUUAUUAUGAUACUCGAGUGCAGUCUGCGCGGAGUUUUUAAACCAAUCCCGGCCAAUCGAGAUUCAAUCAUCCGUGCCAAAAGACAAAUGCUGAAACAAGAAGAUGCAAAUAAAACUAUAAAUUAAAUUAAAAAAUUUAAUAGAAAAAAUAAAGAAUUAUUUAUAAAAUAAAAAAAAAAGGAGACUGAGAAAAUGUAUGAUAAUAAAAAAAAUUAUAUAUUAAUAAUAUUAUUAAUUGUAAUAUUUUAUAAUCAAAUAAUUGAUUGUACAAUAAUAAAUAAUAAAACAAUAAGAUCAAGUAAUAAAAAUCGUAUUAAAAGUGGUCAAUCACCAUGGCACUUGUUAAUAUGUUUAUCACAUUCUCAGUCUCCAACAAAAAACGAUGUACAACGUGCAUGGGAAACAGUAAGAAUGGAAUCAUUACAAAAUGAAUUAGAUGUAUCAUAUAUUGAGGGUCGUAUGACAACAAUUGUUGAUACAUCAUCAUAUCCAUUAGCAUUGAUUAAUAAAUUUUGUAAUGAAAUUGAAAAUGGAAAAACAAUUCUCAAUAUUGUCAUUGGUGGUGGUUCAGCAGCAAGAUUUAUCAUAACAGCAUCUGAUUCAAUUAGCCUACCAACACUCUGGUUACCAAUGACACAUCGUGAUUUUUUACGUCAGGGAAAAAGAGGCAAUUUCGAAACACGUCUUGGUGCUGGACCAGAAGAAGCUGGUGCAGCUGCUGCAGCAUUAAUGGAUAAAGCAAAUUGGCAUGCAUUUACAUUAUUAAUUGAUACAACAAUAUUACCAAUAAAAUAUUUAUUAAAAAAAAAUAAUCUUGAUAAAUUAACACCAAGAACAAUUGUUUAUCUACCAGCAAGUGAUAAAAGUAUUAAAUUACGUUUAAAAAUAAUAUCUGAAGCUGGUGGUAGUGGUGGUGUACUUGUUAUGGCAUGUGAUUUAAAUAAUGCCAAAAAGAUAUUGUCUGUUGCUGGUAAAUAUCAAAUGUUAAAUGGUAGAUUCUUAUGGUUAUGGCUUGAUUUAAAAGCUGAGCUUAAACCAAAUGAACCUGGUCUUAUUAAUACACAAAGUAUACAACACAAUUCAUUAGCAUCAAUUAAAAAUAAUAAUAAACAAAUGAUUAUUGAUAAUAAUAUAUUAAAAAAUAAUGGUAAAUUAGAAAUUGAUGAUAAUGAACAACAUCAAUCAUUGUUAUCAAAUUUAAUGCAUGAUAUUAAUAGUUUACAAGAUUACAAAUGGAAAGAUGAACAAAAAAUUAUUAAAAAAAGAGAUGAUAAAACAUUUAUAAAUGAUGAUGAUAAUGAUGAUGAUGGUUCAAGAUUAAAUGAUAAUAAUAAAUAUUUAAAUUCAAAAACAUUUAUGCCAAUUGGUAUGCUUGCAUUGAGACCAUCAAGUAUCAAGCUAUCAUCAAAUGGUGAUGCAAUAUUAACACGAAUGUUACGUGAAACAUCACAAGCACUUGAUUCAACAUUUAUUGAAUAUAAAAAUAUAAUUAAAAAAAUACGUGAACAACAGCUUAAAGAAAAUUUUAUACCAUCAUGUUUUUUUGAAGGUAAAAAUAAAUAUAAUUAUCUUGAUUUAAAAAAUAAUAUAUCAAAAAGUUUAACAUAUAAACUUAGAAAUUCAAUGAAACAAAUAUCAUAUGAUAAAUCAGAAUUUCAACUUUUAAAUCUUCAAGCAAUUCAAUAUCCUGGUAAUAAAACACAAUUAAGAUGGACUAAAGUUGGAUUAAUAAGAGGUGGUAAAGAUGUACAUUUAGAUACAAUAACAUGGCCAGGUGGUGGUAUUGUACCAGCAUAUCUUGAUCAAGGUGGUGAAAAAAUUGGUAUGCCAGUAUAUAGAAUAGUAACAGCUUUGGCACCACCAUUUACAAUGGUUACAAAUUUAUUAGAAGGACAAUGUUUACGUGGUUUAUCAUGUCAUCAAAGUGAUACAAUAAAAUGUUGUUAUGGUUUAACAAUUGAUUUGCUAUCAUAUGUUGCACGUGAAUUAAAUUUUCGUUUUGAUCUUUAUGUAUCACAUGAUGGUUUAUUUGGACGUCGUAAUGGUAAUAAUGGUACAUGGAAUGGUAUUAUUGGUGAACUUGUACAUGGACAUGCACAACUUGCAUUUGCACCAUUAAGUGUAUCAUCAAGACGUGCUGAAGUUAUUGAUUUUACAUCACCAUAUUAUUUUGGUAGUAUAAGUUUUUUAGCAGCACCAAAAUUAAAAUCUGAAAUAUCAUUAUUAGCAUUUUUAUUACCAUUUAGUACAAAUUUAUGGAUUGCAAUAUUUACAUCAUUAAAUAUAACAGCAAUAUUUGUUGCUGUUUAUGAAUGGUUUAGUCCAUUUGGUCUUAAUCCAUGGGGACGACAAAGAACUAAAAAUUUUUCAAUAGCAUCAGCAUUAUGGGUAAUGUGGGCAUUACUAUGUGGACAUCUUGUUGCAUUUAAAGCACCAAAAUCAUGGCCAAAUAAAUUUUUAAUAAAUGUAUGGGGUGGUUUUUCUGUAAUAUUUGUUGCAUCAUAUACAGCAAAUAUUGCUGCAUUAAUUGCUGGUCUUGUAUUUCAUUCUGGUGUUAUUAAUUAUCAAGAAAGAAGUUUAUUUGUACAAAAAGUUGGUGCACCAAGUUCAUCAGCAGUUGAACAUUAUGUACAACGUGCACAUCCAACAUUAUGGUCACACAUGUCACGUUUUUCAUUAUCUGAUAUUGAUGAAGGUGUUGAAAGAUUACGUAAUGGUACAUUAGAUGUACUUAUUGCUGAUACACCAAUAUUAGAUUAUUAUCGUGCAACUGAUGAUGGUUGUAUAUUACAACAAAUUGGUGAUUCAAUAAGUGAUGAUACAUAUGCUGUUGGUUUAACAAAAGGACAUCCAUUAAAAGAAAGUAUAUCACGUGUUAUAAAUAAUUAUUCAAGUAAUGGUUUACUUGAUAUAUUACAAGAAAAAUGGUAUGGUGGAUUACCAUGUAUUAAAGGACAAGAUGGUUUAGCUGGUUUAGAUGAAGAAAUAAGUGGUACACCAAGACCACUUGGUGUUGCAUCUGUUGCUGGUGUAUUUUGUCUUCUUGGUAUGGGUGUAUUAAUGGGUACACUUAUACUUGCUGGUGAACAUUUAUUUUAUAAAUAUACACUUCCACGUUUACGUCAUAGACCAAAAACAUCAAUAUGGCGAAGUAGAAAUGUCAUGUUUUUUUCACAAAAAUUAUAUAGAUUUAUUAAUUGUGUUGAGCUUGUAUCACCACAUCAUGCUGCUAAAGAACUUGUUCAUACUGUUAGACAAGGACAAAUAACAUCAUUAUUUCAAAAAAGUGUUAAAAGAAAGGAACAUGAACAAAUUAGAAGAAGAAAAAGUAAAGCACAAUUUUUCGAAAUGAUACAAGAAAUAAGAAGAGUACAACAAGAAGAAAAAUCAGAAAUAAAUUCAAAAGAAUUGACAAAUAAAUCAAGUAAUGAUAAAAAUAAUAAAACACGUGAACGUAGUCACAGUAAAAGUCCAUUAAUGCCAGCACAAAGUCCAAAAAAAUUAAAUGAAAAAUAUAAAAGUACAAUAAAUUUAUCAUCAUCAUCACGUAAUAAUGCAUUAUCACCAAUAAAUUUAGAUACAACAAUGAAACCACGUGAAUUUACAUUAAGUAGUACAAAUUUACGUGCACGUAGUCCACUUGAAUCAGUUGGUCGUCGUUUAAGUCAUGGUGAUGGUGGUUCACCACCAUUACCAUCACAAUCAUCAUCAUCACGUUUAAGUAUUGCUAAUAAUUUUGGUGGUAGUGCUAAUUUACGUUCAACAAUAACAGAUACAACAACAACAACAACAGCAACAUUAUCACGUAGUAAUAAUUCAAAAAGUCCAGCAAAACGUGGACAAUCAUUUCCAGUAUUUACAACAUUAAAAUUACCACCACCAUUAACAAUUAAAACAUCAUAUCAACAACAAUCAAAAAGUCCAUUAUUAUCACCAAAUGAAUUAACAGCAGCAAUUGGUAGAAAAUUAUCACGUGAAUGGGGUUCUGGUACAUUAUUUAAUAUUAGUAAAUCAAAUGAAACAAUUGAUACAAUACAAAAAUUUAAUUUUAAUGAUGAAGAUAUUGCACAAGCAUCAUCAACUAUUAUUCAUCAAGUUAAUAAAGAUGCUGAUGAUGAUGAUAAUGAUGAUGUUAAUAUAACAACAAUUAAAAAACCAGUUAGACGUGCACGUAGUCAUGAACAUCGUGAUGAUUCAAUCAAUAAAACAGAUGUACCAUCACCAAGAUUAGCACAACCAUCUGUUGGUGGUAAAUUUGUCAAUGAAAAAACUAAAAAACAACUUGAAUCAGAAUUAAAAGCUAUAUUAACAGCAAGAGCACAUCAUCGUGAUUUACAUCCACCUUGAUAAGUUUUUUUUUUUUCUUUCGAUUAUAUAUUCAUUAAUAUAAGCGAUAAAUAAAAUUUGUUUUUUUUUUUUCUUUAAUUUUCUUUUAUUGCAAUGAAUUAAUAAAUAAUUUUUUGGCCUCUGAGGGGCUUGUGAAAUGAAAUGAUAAUUGAUUUUUAAAGCAAUAUCGAAAAUAAUUGAAAAAAUAAUUUAUCAACAACAACAACAGAACACCCAUUAUAAAAAAUACAACGAAAAUACAAAAAAAAUAUAUUAUUAUAAAUGCAAAAUAUAAUAAUUUUCAUGGAAAAAAAAAUUCAUGUAAUGGUAUAUAAAUUUACUGUUAAUAUUUGAGUUUUUUUUGUUUGUAAAAAUUGAUAAAUUUAAAGGAUUAUUUUUAAAUUGACGUUAGUUUAUCAACAGAUUUAAAAAAUGAUGAAUCAAAUUGUUGGGUGGUUUCUUGAUUAGAUGAUAUAUUAAUAAUAAUCUAUUUAAAAAAAAAAAUUUCAUUUUUAUUUUCAUCAAAAUAAAAUAGAUAAAUCUAAUUGCCAAAUAAAAAGAAUGAUAGAAAAUUCAGCAAUACAUAAAUAUUAAUUUUAAAAUGAUCAUUAAAUUUUAAUAAUUUUUAGCAUCAAAUGCAUUGAAAUUAUUAAAUAAAUUUUAACAGUAUUUAUUAAAAUAAGUUUUAUUAAAUUAUAUCAAAUUGCAGACACUUUUAUUGUCAUUUGAAUAACGAAAACAAAAAAAAAUUAUCCAACAAAUCAAAAUUAAUUAAUUUUAAAAUAAUUGAUGAAUCAAAAGUAUUUAAUAUCUGUAAUUUAAAUUUACAAAAAAAUAAUAGUAAUAAAGAUUUGUUGAGUAAACAGUGUCUGCAGAAAAAAAAAAAAAAAAUCAUCAUUUUAAAAUGAUUAAAUUAAAUUAUUAGACUGAGAAAAUUUUAACUGUAUUAGUUGUAAUUGAGCAACGCCAAAAAUAAUUUUAUCGAAAAAAUAAUUUAUAUUUCGUUGGAUGAAACUAUCAUAAUUUCUAUCGAAAAAAUAAAAAUUCUUCGCAUGGCUAAAUAGAAACUUCGAUAAUAAUUAGUCGCGUAUUUUAAAUUUCGAACGAAAGAAAAAUUAGUUGAAAAAAUUUUAAUAAAAAUUGUAUUAAUCUAUUAGACUGUUAGCCAUUAACUGGGACUAAAAAAAUUCUCUAUGAUGAUUAUUGAUUAUAAAUAAAUAUUGUGUAUAAAAAAAUUAUAAUAAUUAAGCGAGGCCUUAGAAGUAGUCGUAUCCGCCCAAUAACUUUUUAUUAGAUUCUAUUAGAAAAAAAAAAAAUUGAAAAAAAAUAAAUCUUCUGUAAUAAAUUAUUAAUUUACGAAACUUUUUAUUUAUAGAAAAAUAAUAAUAAUAAUAUUUUAAUAAAGGGCUAUUUACCAAUAAAUUCAUCAAUUUAUUUUUUUUAUUUAAAAGUUUUUAACAAAUAAAAAAAAAAUAGAAUAAUUUACAGAAAAAAAAAGUCGGAAAGUUUGUUGUAAUGAUUUUUUUUUUGACCUUUGUUUGAAUAGCCCUUGGAUAAUUCAAAAAAAAAUUAAAUUAAAAAACUUGCACAAUGUUAAAUAUAUAAUAAUGAAAAUCGAAAAAAUUAUUUUUCGCUAAUCUUGCCAAAAUAUAUUUAAAAAAAUAUAAAUAAAUGCUUCACGCACAUAAAUAAAUUUCAAAAAUAUUAGCUAAAAUUAUCUAGUACUUACUGUCAAUUUUAAUUUAAAUAUUUAAAUAAAAAAAAAUAUGUAAAUUGAAUUUAUAAUUUCAUUUUAUUUUCAAUUUUUGUUGGCUGUGCAAAAAAAAUAUAUUUAAAUUUAAAUAAAUAACUAUUCAAAGUGCUAAACAAAAAUAAAAAAAUAAAUAUAUUUGCACAAUUUCAUAGAUUUAAAAAUAAUUACUGUCAGUGAAUUAGUGAAAAAAGAAACAGGUAGAAUGAUAUUUUAAUUAAUUUAAUUACAACAACGAGUGAUUAAAAAAAUAAUAAUUAAAUUAAUUAAAAUAGGCGUCACCUGAGCCUAAAAAAAAAUAUUUAAAAUGAUAUUUAAAAAAUGAAAUAUAUACUUUCACGAUAUUGACGAAAUAAAAAUUAUUAAAAAUAUCUAAAAUAUGUUUUUUUUUUUUUGUUUUCAAGUGAUCGAAUGGCUGUUCUUCAAAAAUUAUCCCAAUUACGAAAUCACUGGAGUUGAAUAAUAUUUCUUCUUAGUAGUUUGUCGCAACGAAUAUCGCCC